AUGGAUACGACCGUCAGUGGAUCUUCAACCCAAUUGAAACAGAACGAUAGAUUACAUCCCAUACAUUCAACAGCAGAACUAUUGAAGAAACGUAAAAAACUGCUCAAAGAGGUGAGAGCGAUUUUUGCGGAAGAGGAAGGAAGUAUGUGGGAACAUUCAAAGGCAAUCUUUGCGCAAAAUAUCGAUGAUGAAGAGAAUCUGAAGCAGUCACGUCGAGCAUGCAAAGAAAUUUCUAAGCAACUUCAACGCAAUGCCAAAGGACUGCAGUUAAUCGAUAUGCGUUUCAAGGCAGCUUCAGAACUCAUCAAGACAGCAAUGGAUACGGUAGAAGUAACGAGCAAGGUCAGUGGCUUAAGUAUCGAGACUUUCACAGACCGCUUCAUGGCUCUAAAGAUUUGUGCUGGAAAUGAUUGGGAAGCUAUGCAAGAAAAGUUACAGCAAAGCGCGGGAAUCGAUGAUGCUUUAGUUGAACUUCAAAAUAGCUUGAAUCGUCUAUUACGCCAUAAAAAUCUGGCGGAACGAGCUGAACGUUUACGGAAAAUGCGAGAUGAUAGAGAGCAGUUAUUGAGAAUGCAAUAUGAGGAGCUACUGAACAAUAUUGCAAUGUUAAAGUCCAAUCUUGAGAUGAAGAAGUCUACAAAUCAGAAACUUCAACAGCAAUUUCAUGAAGCGAAAGCAGAGUUGGAGAACAUCUUAUCCGCCGACAUUGAGAAUUUGGAUGAAGUUAUGGCAGAGGAGGAAGAGCUGGAGCAACAACUGUAUGCAUGUUCUCAAGAAUGUGAUGAAGCUAUGACUGAAUUGUCGAAAUUGGAUGAACGAAAUGGGGAAAUUGCGGAUAAAGAAAGGGUGCUUGAUGAGAAAAUUAUAAUCAUGAAAACAGAACUGGAGAAUCUGAUAGGAAAUGAUAGAGAUGAUACUGAAAUUAUCUCGUUGCAGUACAAACGUAUUCGUGAAAAUCUACAGGCAAAGAUGAAUGAAAAAGCAACUGCAUUGCAAGAUGAAAUCAGACGAGCGCAAGCGGAACUGAAUUGUGUGGAAAAUGAGCAUGCCUCUUUAAUGAUACUUCUCGAUGAUGGACAGCAUGAUUGGUCAAAGGAAAUUGAAGACGUUAUCGCCACAAGAAGACAUUUGGAAGAAAUGAUAACUGCAGAAAGGAAGGCAUCUGCUAUUCUUCGCAGCAAGAGAAUGGAAAUUGAUAUUGAAUGCAACCGAUUAGAAAUGGAAACCAAUGUUCUUCGUGAAAGCAAUAAUGCAGAAAUGGCACAGUACGAAGUUGAAAUUAGCGACCUUCAAAAGUAUCUUGAGAAGCUAAUUGCCGAGGAAAAAGAGGUCGAAAUGCAACAUUAUGAAAUGAUUCGCAGUCGCACAGCAUCGACUGCCUGUUCUACAAAACAUGCAUGUUUUCGAGAUGGGGAAAUAGACGUACGUUCUCUUCGGAGCAGUGCAGCUUCUGAUUUUGGCGAUCCAUCAUCAGAUAAUUUUAAGAGAAGUGUAGUUUCAAGACCUCAGUGGCUCACUACAACUAAUAAUGCGACAAAAACAUUAUUUGAUAAAACAGAUCCUGAAAAUGAAGUGUUGUCCACUGCCAAGAAAUUUGAAGAUGAACGUGCUGUAGAUUCGGAGGGGACGGGAAAAGUUCCAAGUGAUAUCCACGUUAGUCGAAUGGAUAAAGCUGAUUCAAAAAUUGGUGAAGUAAUUAAAACGGAUACAAACUUAAGAAACUAUUAUCCGCUGCCACCAUCUGCCUUCGGAAGCCCGUUGUCAACAAAUGAUUCACCAGACGUUACGACAGACCGCGAAAUGAGCGGUUCUGAGCUUGAUCAGAGUGUGUGGUCAGAUUUCUCAUCGGUGGUAAAAUAG